GCUUUACGCAUGCGCACCGGGAAAGUACAACAGCAAAAUACAUUUGAAAACGAGAAGUGUCAUGUAUAUUUCUUGACAUUAUAUAAGUUUGCAUGUCAAUUAUUAAACAUCUGUAUGUUGCAGAUACAUGAAAAUAUAUUUUCCACUACUUUUCUAAUAUUGAAGUUGUGAUCUUGGUCAUUUGAAAAAUGGAAGAUCCUGAGGUCCUUGCAAGUGAAUUGGAUCGGGAGUUUGAUGUGCAUCUAGCAGAUAUGAAACCUUUUGUGCUCAGGCUAGUGCAUAAGUCAGAGAGGCAGAGAUGUGCAUUGUGGAUCAAAAAGAUGUGUGAACCACCAGGAUCUGGUAUAUCAGGAAGGAAAAACAGAAAUAUGUAUGCCCUCCUAAUGCUACACAUGCUGAAAAGGGGUGCACUUGAAGGUCCAUUUACACAGAGACCCGGGGAAGGUCCCCUAGAUACAUUGCCAGCUUACAUGUCCAUAUACUUCGAUGAAAGUACAUCUGUAAAGGGUGAAGAGGCAGAUCGAAAAAACCUCCCAGACUGGGUGAAUGGCCUUGGUGACUCUUCCACAGUGCUCAGGUCUUCCAGUAUGGGUGAGCCCAGUGCCUCCUCUACUUUAAGACAAGGAAUGUCCUCCAGGGAGAGAUUGGCUCAAAUUACUCAAUCACCAAGCAGAAGACGAACACACACAGCUAUAGGGAUAGAUAGGGGACGCCCAUCAAGUCCAGGAAGAUCAAGGACCUAUCCGUCACUACCCAGGGAGAAGUCUCCAAGCAGAAAUAGGAUAACUUUCUCUGAUGGAGAAGAUGUUGAAGACGGAAGAAAGAGUCCACAUAGCUCCCCGGUGCCCAGUAGAUCUUCCAUAAGGUCGCCUACUAAUAGAAAAGCCAAUGAGGGCAAUGACUGGAGUAGGCCUGUCAAUUCAUUACAUGGGCCUUCCAGUUUGAAAGGAGUGUCUUCCUUUAGGGAUGAACAAAGUUUGAUAAGAAUGCAUGAAAGAGAGCUUGAUAUGAAAACAAAGAUGUUAGAGGCAAAGUUUCAUGAAGAGAAAUUAAGGAUGCAACAGAAGCAUGAUUCAGCAGUACAAAAGAUUCUUGACAGGAAGAAUGCUGAGAUAGAAGAUGUGAAGACACAUUACAGAGCAAAGAAUAGAGAACAGGAAGAACAGAUAAAUAAGAUGGAAAAGAAAAUCCAGUCAUUGGUGAAGGAAUCUGCUGUGGUGAGAGAAAAUAAAGACAAGCAAAUAGCAGAGUUAAAGAAGCUGUCAGAAGAAACCACUCAAAGUAGACAGAAUGAAUAUGAAAAAAAGAUGCAUGACCUGGUGGCAGAUUUUGAACAGGAGAAGUUUGACAUGCAAAAACAACACACUAAAAAUAUCCAGGAGCUAUUAGAAGAUACAAAUGGACGUCUUCAAAAGAUGGAACAUGAGUACAGUGAACAGGCAGUGCAGACACAAUCCGUUAUACGUGAACUGGAAGACAGAGUUCAGCAGUUAACCAUAGAAGCUCAGAACACUACAGCUGACAGAAAUGCACUGGAAAGACUGAAGGUGGAGCUGGAGCACAGAAUGGAAGAGACUCGCACAGAGCUGCAAGAUUACAAGUCAAAAUAUUCAAUAUUAGAACAAGAGCACCAGAAGACUCUGGAAGACCAUGACCUGACUCUAAGAAGUCUCAAGAACAAGAAUGAUGCCACAGUGGAAUAUCUACAGCAAGAACACAGCUUGGCAGCAGCUAAAGCAGCAGACACAAUUUCUGAUUUAGAAGAUCAUAUUGCUCAUCUUAAACAAGAAUUGCAGGAUGCUGAAACCCACAGACGAGGCCAAAUAAGAGAGAUGGAGCAAGUUCAGCAACAAGACAAGAUGCAUGCUGAAAAUCUGCAUGAAAAGAAGGUUCAGAGCUUGAAAAGAGAAAUGGAACAUGCAGAACAGGAAUCUCAAAAAGUUAUUAAAAAACUAGAGCAAACUGUCAAAGAGAAAGAUGAAGAAAUUCAGAAAAUAAUAGAACAACAUAGGCAACAUGCUCAGCAGUCAGAGCAGGCUCUGACAGAGUUCAAAUCCCAGGUGGAGAAGAAUUCUGGUAGGAUGUAUGAUGAAAUGAAACAACAGAUGGAGAAGGUUGCAGCAGAUUUGAGCAGGUCCAAGCAGCUGAGAGAAAAACAGGCACAAGAAUUCCAAAAACAGAUUGAGGACUUGAAAAAAGUGCAUGAACAAGAGUUGGCUGAUUUGAAAUUCUCUGUGGACCAAGACAAAGCACAGCUACUAAGAAACCACCAUCUUGAGAAAGAGAGCAUGCUGUCAGAUCAUGAGCAGGAGUUGGAGAGAGUGAAAGAGAACUUGAGGAGGGAGUUACAGGAUGUGGAGCAAAGAUCACAAAGUAGACAGGACAGAGACUCCAAGACAGUCACAGAGCUUGAGGCGCAGGUGAGAGAGCUGAGAGAGGAGAUUGUACAGUCUAACCAACUCCGCAAGCAGCAACUGGUAGAGCUGGGUCUCCUCAGGGAGGAAGAGAAACAAAAGAUGCAGAGAGACCAUGAAGCUCAGGUUGCCAAAUUAAAGUCUGAAACAGAGCAGCAAAAACUUUCCCUGCAGAAGUCACAUAGUGAGGAGAUUGAGAAAAAUCUAGAAAAGACAAAUGUUCGUCUAAGAGAGAUUGAAAAAGAAUACACACAAAAGAGCCAGAAAGCCAAUGAGGCCAUAGCAGAAUUGAAUAAGACCAUUGAUAUACUGAGAGAGGAAAAGAACAGGUUGAUCCAGGAGAGUAACAAGAGAUUCUCUGAGAUUUCCAGUAAGCUUGAAGAGGAAAAAAGAACAAUGAAGAGGCAGCAUUCAAAUACAAUGAUGGGUGCUCAACAACAGUUGGAUGAGACCAGAAACCAUAUUAGGAGCCUGGAGAAGAGACUUCAACAGCAAGAAGCAGAAUAUGAGGACAAGAUAAACGAUUUGAGGUAUCAACACGAGAACAAAAUGAAAGGACUGAUGCCAGUGUCAUUACGCAAUGAACUGGAGGACACCAUUGCAUCACUGAAAGCUCAGGUGACAGCACUCCAGCAGAGGGCAGAGAUAUUACAAGAUGAGCUCAACACCAGAGAUAGAUAUUCCUCAAUGGGAGGAGGACCCAGAACUCUAUCCCCUGCUAGAUCACCUAUCAGAACUUAGUUGAUGAACUUACUUUAAUUUUUAGUGUCCUACAAGAUUUCCAAAUGCCAGAUAUGACACAUUGAAUGUGGGCAAUUAAGAUGUGUGGAAAAAUAAUUACGUGUCAGACUUUAUUUAUUUAUUUAGCUAUAUGUGAAAAUUUUGUUUUAUUUUUUACUUUUAUGAACAUGACUGUUUUUAUUGAUUUUAUAUUUUUGGAUUUCUGCUAUAGAGUUAAGCAUACAUUAUGCAGUUUCUUCAUGAAAAAUUUCCACAUUUUUCUUGCCAGCAGCAUUAAUUCAGUUUUGUUGAUUUUUCAUUGCAGUGUUAAUAAUUGAUAAAAUUUCUGAACUCAUAUUUGUGCCAAAAUGUGUGAAUUCAGUCCAUCUUUUCAUUAUCAUUUAAGGAAAUAUUAUUAUUAUUAUUAUUAUUAUUAUUAUUAUUAUUAUUAUUAUUAUUACUCAGCAUGUACACAGUCCUAAAUCCUGACUAUUUAGCAUCAACAUUUAUUUAACAGCUCCUGAUUUCAAUUCUAUUAUUUUAUUUGAGAUAUUGUAUUAUUUGACACUUACUUAGAUACUUGAAAGCCAUGAAUAAUUAUUUUUCAUGGAAAGAAGAAAGUUCUGGGGCAGUGUAAAAGAUUACAUGACCAAUUAGUGCUUCCCAGUACCAAAUUCAGUAUUAAAUGCAGGCUCAGGGAAACCGAGGAUUUACAGCAUCUGCAUAUCUUUGUUUUUAGAGAUUCAUCAGCUAAUGUCACAAUGUCUUGAGCACUCUUGUUCUUCUGGAAGCAAUUGUAUUGCAGUGGAUUUUCAUUAAGUAGUAGCACACUGCUUGAUACCGUUUCGUGGGUUGAUGUAAUAUUUUACUAAUGACAAUGUCACUGGCCCCUCCUGUUACAAUGAAAUAGCCAUCAUAUAAAAGCUUUUUUUUCUCGGGUAAAAUAAUUUUCACAGAAAGUUAAAAUUGGUCAUUACUUACUCAAUAGAAAAAAUGCUAAAUGAUCUGGAAUGUUUCUUUUUAUCUCAUUCAAACAUGUAUAAAACAUUAUUGUAACAUUUGAACAUGCAACUGUUAAUAUUUAUGUAAAUUCAACUGUACAAAGAAAACACAGAUUGAAAUGAGAGAAAUUUUUGACUGUUAUUUGUUGUUUCUCCACCUCAAGUCUUAGAGGUCCCAGGGAACUGAAUCUAAAGAUGUUGUUUCUCCCAACAGAAUUAACUUUUAUCUGUCUAUGUUUGAAAUAAUUUUUUGGUUUCUGAUAGUUUGUGACAACAGUGUAUUAAUUGUUUGAUGUUUGUAAUUUUUGGGGGGUAUUAUAGAUAAAGCAUUCUCAGAAUUCAAUGUUGCAAACAGUGCUGAUAUUAAAAGCAACUUAUAUCCUACCAUUCCAAAUUGUCUUAUUGUUUGGACUACAGCAGCCUGAAUUUGAGAUAAAUUAGUAGGUGGUAUUGACUUUCUUGGAAUUAAACAUUUAACAUCUU